AACAUCAGAGUCAGACGUGCAGCAGACAUCGUUGAGAGCGGUUCAGUUUUAAGACUAUUAAGGAAAUAUAAUAUCAAGUCAAGUGCUAAUUGAAAAUGGUGUCCGCUCUGAAAUGCAGUUUGGCCGUGGCCGUCAUCAUCAGCUUGGCCUGUUCGGCCUAUGCCAUCAAGUGCUAUCAGUGCGAGUCGCUGACCAUGCCCAAGUGCGGCCUGAAGUUCGAGGCGGAUGAGAGUCUCCUCAUCGACUGUGCCCGGAUCGGGCCCCCGCGCUACCUGCAGAACUUCUUCCCCCUGCGCAACGCCACCGGAUGCAUGAAGAAGACCCUCGAAAGUGUGGUGGGACAUCCGCAGAUCGUGCGCAGCUGCUACUUUGGCGACAUCUCCAACAUCCAGAGCGGCUGCCAGUCGGAUCCUUCGCUGCCCUUCGUGAAGCAGCUGGGCUGCGAUGUCUGCACCAAGGACGAGUGCAACGGAUCUGCGUCCCUGGCUCCCGUUGCCGGUGCCAUUCUGCUCUUCUUCGGACUGGCUCGCCUGCUGGCAUAGAUCUUACCUACAUAGUCCUUAAGUCCCUUAACUCCUUUUGAUAGUAGUUUGUAUCUCUCUUGCUCUCAUGGAAAUUAAUUUGUGAAAAUUUUUGUUUACAUUUGAACCCAUUUAAUUGAUAAUAAAAGAUGGAAGGAAACGAGUCCUUGCUAAUAUCCAA